AGUGAGCUAUCAAUGCAUGUCAGGACUAACUUCCGGGUACAUAAACUGUAUGUUACGUCAGACCUGAUUCGAAACGAGGGAACUAGAUUUUGGGUUUUAGUGAAGCAUUCUAGAUAACAAAAUGUCGAAUGGACGUAAAUAUGAAGUGUAUGUCAAUGGUGUACACUAUGGACAACCCCCUCAGCCUACACAGAAGUCAGAUCAUCCAUACUAUGCUGAAUACAACCAGCCCCUGGCCUAUGGGCAGCAGCUCCCGGCCUAUGGACAGCAGUCGCCCCCGGCCUAUGGUCAGCAGCAGCCCCCGGCCUAUGGACAGCAGUCCCCGACCUAUGGACAGCAGUCCCCGACCUAUGGAAAGCAGCAUACAACCUAUGGUUAUCCGAUGUCAACUUCCACGAAUGUUGUCGUAACCAACACUGUAGCUACUCCUGUAGUAAUCCACAGAGGGAAAGAUUGGCUGGUUCCCGCCGUCUUAUCCUGCUUGUUCUGUUUUUGGCCCACUGGAAUCUGUGCCAUUAUAGCAGCAGUCAACGCAAGAACUCGUUAUGACGUCGGAGAUCACGCUGGUGGAGAAUCCCGUGACAGGUGGGCUAAGAUUCUGACGCUGACUUCCCUUGGAGUUGGCCUGGUAUCUAUCAUUCAGUUGCUUGUCCUGUACUUCACUGGUUGGUAAUCUGAAAAAGAUCGCUUUGGCUUCACUACAAGAGACUCAUUUAAUAUCUUGAAAUUCACAACAAAGAAUUCUUGGGACUUCUAGGAAAAUAAAUUGUGGACGAGGACAUACCACCCUUAUAAAUGUCAAUAGGCAGUCUCAGCAGUGUGUUUCGUCACACAUGUAUACAUACCAGUUUCAGGAUUUCCUUUUCCCACUUCUGUUUCACAAUGUGUGAUUUUUAAAACUACAAUAGCUAACAAAGGAUCUGUCCACUAUUUUCGUCUAGCGAUAUAAAUUUGUAGUUGUGUUAUGUGAUUAAUUCGACAUGACAAGACAAGUCUUGUAUUAGAAGCAUUUUUUGUACCUUGGUAGACUUAUCUCAGCCUAACAACACUCACUGUCUCUCUUUUUUCAUUCUAUGUAUUCUGAUGAUGAAUAAACUUUGUUAUUGUG